UUCAUUUUAAUUUGUGCUCGUAAAAAACGAUCACAAACUCCAAAUGCAUCAAUAAGAUCAAUCUACACGAAUUUCAUAAUUAUUUAAGAUCAAUGCUCGAAAAUUCUAUUUUUCUCUGUAUGUUCAGUCAUUAUUAGCUCUAGAGUUGAUCUUUCGCCUCCCCUUAUCUAACGUCCCGUUUUGGCUUUCUUGCUAUCAAAUGUCUACCGUGGGUUCCCUGAUCUCCUUCCGUCAUUAAUUCAGGGAGGAUUACGAAUACAGGAGGGUUUCUUAUCAGGACUCACUAGAUCAGCUAAUAAUGGUGGAAAUCUGGACCUAUCUUUCUUUCUUCUUCUGGUAUCGCAGAGUAGUGAAAUGGUUGCUUCAUUUUGGGACAGGCUCAUGUGAAUUACAAAGGAUUUGUUACAAAGCCCAAUAUGGUGCACCUAGGACCUCACAAGUUGAAUAUUCUUUGAGGAAUUCAAAAAUACAGGCAUUAAAUGAGCUGCCAGAUAAACAAAAUGCUGAUAUAAGCCAAGCAGUACAGAUGAUUAUGUCAACAAAAAAGAUUGAUAUUGGCAAAGAGAAAGUAUUUUAUGACAAUAUGUUAGUAUGUCUCAAGCAGAUCUGUGGUUAUACUGAUUUGAUUAAAACCAUCAAUGAGUAUCGAAAAGAACGGUACAAUUCAGACAACAAGGAUCAUGAAAAAAAGUUACUUAAGCUUUGGGAGCUUAUGAUGCCAGGAACAAAGCUAGAAAACAGAAUUACCUCCCAGUGGGGAGACAUUGGCUUCCAGGGAAAAGACCCCAUGACAGACUUUCGGGGGAUGGGUAUGCUUGGAAUGGAUAAUCUGCUUUAUUUUGCAUCAAACCACUCUUCCGCAGCUAGAAAAGUGUUGUCAAAUUCUCACCACCCAAGCUAUGGGUACUCCUAUGCCAUUGUUGGUAUAAACAUCACGGGCAUGGCUUUCAGGCUUCUAGAAGAUGGCUCCUUGAGAAAUCAUUUCUAUAACUGCAAACAUGACAAACCAUCUCCUACUGACUUCCAUGAAGUCUACUGUUAUCUGUUGUAUGAGUUCAAUUCCUUUUGGAUGAUUGAGAAGCCAGCAAGUGUCAUGGAAUUCAACAAGUACAAGGACUUAUUUGAGGAGAAAAUUGGUAGAAUGUUAAAAGAUACGAAUGUGCGCCUUAUACUUAAACACUCGACAAUAGACCAGAUGGGGUCUCUGACAUCACUCAAUUCCUUGGAUACACAUUUCUAGGUAGGCAGUGCAGGCUUCCACAGGGGGGGAGGGGAGGUGAGCGUUAAUCAUGGGCAUAACUAGAAAAAAAAAGGUUUGGGAGGGAGCUCGCAUAUCUUGGGGGAAGGGAUAAUUCUAUGAUAUGAUUGUAUAGGGAUUACAGUAAAAAAAAAUUCUUGAAAAAUACAGUACAUUAUGAAGGUGUGUCAUAUUUGUUAUACUGUCAAAGAAUGAAAAUAUUCUUCAUUAAUUGCUUACACAUUUAGAAAAUUUGACCAAAAAGAUAGCAAAUGCUGUUCUUAUCCUCAAAAUUACCAAAUACUGUACAGCGAUAAUGGUAAAACAAUGAUGAUAAGGGAACAUAAAGUUGAAUUAUAGUUUAUAUUCGAUUCAUACACGGGGGUGUGCCGGGUGCACACCAAAAAGGGUGGGCACCGAAAAGUGGGUCAUUUCUUAUUAAAGGAUCCUAUUUCCAAAUGGUACCCUACCUUAUGAAUGUGCCCCCCCCUAAGGCAAUCCUGGAUAUAUGCCUGUAUAUAUUGCUUUUCUAAUUUAGAAAAACAGCCUGCUAGCAUGCUUUCAUUUUGGUUAAUCUUGGGCUAAUCGUGGCACUUUAAUGAACCGCAGUGCAAGCUGUCUAGUAGGUUUAAGGAUGUCACCAUAUUUUUCCCAAAAUAUUUAUUUAAAAAACAUUACACUUUGAAUACAUAUAUAUACACACACAAGAUUGUAAAUAAUCAAUAUCCCAUUAUUUAUGAAUUCCACCAGACUAGUCAAUUUUAAUGGUAAAUCAUUUUGUAAAUAUUUUAAAAGCAAUUAAAUGUAAUUAUAAAAUAUUGUUGAUUCAUAGGAUUCAUAAGUUAUCAUAUUAGUUCUGUAAGUUGCUGAAUGUCUACUGCACUUGAAAAAAAUGUAAAAACAUUCAAAGAAAA